ACAAUCAACCAGCUGUUUAAGGGUUCAUUAAUGGACAACCUCCCACUAUGGAGGCGAGACUGGUGUUCUUGGAUGUGAUUCUGGUAGUUUUGCUGACUCUCAAUUCUUGGGGUGAAGGAGAGAGCUAUGAAGCUGAGUUGGAUCUGACGAAGGAGACAUGGAAUAAGGUUCAGAAACUAGGAGACAUUACUAAAGAUGUUGAAACGCUGCUGAAUAAAUACAAUGGAAAUGCUGCAGAAAACUGUGUGAAGCAGCUUCCUCAACAAAACUACCGUUCUGCUCUUGACAAAAAACUAGCAUCUUACAAAAGUAAGCUCGACUACAAUGACAAAUUGCUACGAGGUGAAUUGCAGAAGUGCGGCACUGAUGAACCAUGCAAAGAGGAGGUGAUGACUAAAUACGAACAAAACAUGGACGCUUUGGUGACGAAUGCAAACGUGUACAUCCCUGGGCUUAAGACUGCGGCACUAAACAACCUGCAGAAGUUUAUGGACUCGUGUGUUCAAGGGACUGUGGUAAAGGAUGAGAGCAGGCCAGUGUCCAAGAGCACAAGGGAUCAAGAGAGUUACAACAGUGAGGUCGGGGAUCAAUGGCAUUGGUAAAACUGAGCCUUUGAAGGUCUAAAGCAGUUGAUCCAAUAAGCAUGAUCUAAGCAAACAGGUUUCAAAGCACACUGAGUUCACUGAGCUAAAUGUUUCCCAUUAUUUUUUCGCCUGGAAAAAAUAUUUUUCGUAAUUUCCUUAUUAUCUGAAUAUUCCUAAAUAAAGUAAAGGUAUUUUC